UCCAAAAAGUGCAAAUGAAAUUCGUCGGUUUUGAACUCAAGAUUGAGCAUGUAAAUAAAUUUUUAAAUUUCCAACAUGACGCAAAUCCUAGGCAACGAAAGACAAGGACUAGUGUUUGAAAUUGUGUCAGCAAGAAUAUGUGAUGAAGUUGAAGAAAAGAAACACGUAACUUACACUCUGCAGGUGCGUCAUAUAUCAGGAAACGACGAUUUAAGCCCUUCUGUGAUCGAACGACGCUAUACUCAUUUUCUCAAUUUAUACAAUGCUUUAAAAAAAGAACAGCCUCAAUUAAUGGCUAACAUAAUUUUUCCCAAGAAAGUUCUCAUGGGAAAUUUUGAUAACGAACUGAUCUCUACAAGAAGCACAGGAUUUGAAUCACUUCUAAAACACAUUUCAACUGAAUCAAAGCUACGAUCAUCUAAAGCCUUAUUAGAUUUUCUCCAAAGCGUUGAAUUGGAGAAAGCUAAAAGUUACCUUGAGAAAAAUGAUUUUUUGCAAGCCUUACCACUGCUUGAAAAUAAUUUUAAAUUAUUAAACAAAGUGCUUACUGAUAGAUCUCCUGCAGUGUUGAUAGCUUUAUGUAGAUUGUUAGGAUGCUGUAUGUCAAUUCCAGGUUGUUUACAUUCCCAGAAAUGGGCAGAUUUAGCUUUACAUAGAUAUGAGGGCGUCAGCGACAGUGAUUUAUUGGAAUUAUAUGUACCAUUACUAAACGUCUGCACGAAAAUUUGGUGGCAAGCUGGAAGAAACAAGGACGUCCUUGAGUAUAGAUUACAAGAGUUGAAACGCCAAGGUGUCAAAGUUGGAGAACAGUCUUCACUAUUAGAUAAAGUGAAUAUAGUAGAGGAGAAAAUAUUUAAAUCUUGAGUCAUUUUAGUGUGGAGUACUUACUACGUCACCCUUUAUUUUACUCAUAUAUAUAUACCUUUAGAAAUAUAUAUUUAUUUGUAAAUUUUAUAGAAUUGACUGAUAUUAAUUAUGAAUAUCUAGCAAUAUGUAUGUAUUGUUUACUGUUUAUGAUGCCUGGAUUCAGAAUAAAGCUUUAAUUAUAUACAUUACCAAAUAAAUAUACUUGAAACUCACAGA